UCGAGUGUCGUGCAGUGUGUGUGUGUACAAGAUGUUAGUGGACACCGCCAGCGGUCCUCCGUCUAUCCUGGACUCUCCUACUCUGGCUAGAGUCGAGAGGGCAAGGCUAAGAGAGGAGGGUUCCACCACAGGCAGGAGCUCGCCAAUGAACAUGUCUACGUAUUGUCCGUCCCUGGUGUCGGACCGUGGUGAAAUGCAGCACGCCAUCAAGAAAGGCCUGCUCUGGCAACAGAGAGAGAGGCUGUUCUCGCGGUGGAAAGAGCGCUACUUCAUCCUCACCAGAGACUACUUGCAUUGCUUCAAGCGGUCUUCGGGCACCGACAAGAUUUCCGACAUGGGCCAGUUCAUUUUCAAGGUGAAGCUGGUGGAAGUGGAGAAGGUAGAGUGGAUCAACAAGAAGUCCUACAGCACAGUAGGCAUCACGCUACAGUCCAGAGAGAGUCGCGUGCUGCUCAGGGCACCGGUUGGCCUGGAGGACUGGUUCGAACUGCUGGAGGAAUGCAUGAUGACCAGUAAGGAGCGGCGCCGCGCCCUUCGGAAGCUCCACAACCCUCUCUGGCACGGGGAUGACGAGUCUGCCCCUUCACUUACCUGGCUCAUCAGCAGAGGUACGCUGAAUAAGGAAGGACAUCUAAACCUGUUGUCUGACUCGGUUCCUGAUCUGGAGGGUCAACAGCGGGAGGAGAUUUGGAGGAGAGCUCAAGGAACACCACUAGAACAGCGAUUAUCAUUGUUGACAGAUAUUGAUAUCAACAGUUGUUCAUCCCAAAUGGAUACUCCACCCCCCUCUGUCCCACCAACCUUCCGCGGCCGGCCUUACCCAUACAGACUUAACAACGAUGUUUACUUCAUGUCUACAGGUAAAACUGAUGAGAGACUCAAUGGUGGUUCUAUAACGGCUUCGUACUGCAGCAGCAGAUCUGCGCUCACUCCUGUCGGGUCAUUCCGUAGCACACAUCUGUUCAGUCCAGCGAAAACUCCAGCAGCUAACUCCACACAGAUCAAAUAUAGAGACCGGUCUCAGAGUGACGCCUUGAACUGGAAGUCAAGGACAGCAGAACUGAAGAACCGAAGAUGUAGUUACCUACAAGAUGCGACCCAUGUUUGAGCUCGCCAGUCUCAGACUUCAUCGAAUUACUCUGAUAGUCAAAUGAUUCAAGUCACAGUCAUUAUAUGAAGGAAACCAAAUAUUUUAGUAGUAUUUUGUACAAUGUUAUUUUAUAUGUGCACUAGCCUUCUGCUUCUUUUCAAUAUUUUUAGUGCUUCCAUUUUUUAUUUAUUUAACACCCUAUUCCGAGAUAAAUAAUUUUAUUUGUUUCAACAACGUUGAUCAAACAUGUUUAUGUUCUCUUUUUAUCUGAAAUUAUUUUUAAAUGACUCUCUGACUCUUUCUGGCUUUGGCAAACAGUGAGUAUGAUAUAAACUGUUUCAAGUAUAAUGCUUUUGUUAACUAAUCAAUGUGAUAGUUGUGUAUGGUGAGUAAUAGAUUGUUACCUUUAUGUUUUAUUUGUAAGAUUCAAGCAAAUAACACAGAUGUUUUAAAUUUUAGGGCUGCAGUUAAGUACAUACCCUUACGAUCAAAGUAUUAUUGUUUAUAAUAAUGCAAUCAGAAAUGUCGACUAACACUUUACAUAUAUUCUUACUAAUCAAACACUAUUUCAAAGUAUAAUAUAAAAAUGUAGGAGCAAACCAGUUUGUUCAUUUUUUUUAUCAGAUUACGUUGGCAUGAGACAUAAUUUUGGAGAAUUAAAGUCUUAUGUGGCUUCUGCAGGGUUUGGUAUAAGCACACCUCAAUAUUUCUAUUGACAUACCAUCUGUAUCUGGUUCUACUGGAACAUGUAAUUUUUGAGCCAUUGGUCUUAGACCUACCCUCAAAUGUAAUAAAAAUGAAUAACCAUACAGAGGUUGCCUAGUAAUCAUAACUAUGCCAAUGUGCUUCUCACUAAAUAAAGAAUACAAUUUACGUAUACUAAUAAAAUUUUUAUUUACGUUUUUAUAGUUUUGGCCAAAUAUAUUUAGCUUACAUUAAUCAAAUCCAAUUUUUUUAUAUUACAUAGUAUAGUAUGAGGCCCAUUUGUAUUCUCUUUGGAUCAGAGAUGUUUUGACCAAUUUCAACCUGUUCUUAUCAUAGAAAAUGUUAACUAAGUCCUUCAAUGAUAAUUUUCAAAGCAAAAGAUAGUUUUUACCAUGUUGUUUUCACUAUUCCAUAUUACAGCAUAUUAUGUUCAUCUUUAAGUGUAAUAUUUAUUUUGAUAACUUCUGUUAGAUUACAGUUUAUCAAGUAAAAAUAUUAUUUCAUUAAAGUGUACAUGAGGUCAUAUGUACAAGUGAACAUUAUAAUUUAUUGUAUCUCAUCAAAAAUAACCAUGUAUGUACACUGUAGUAUGGUAAUCAAUCAUGUAUAGAUGUGUACUAGAUUGUGGAUGUGUGUAUCUGAACAAAUCAUCGAGCUGUGUUCAUCUGUCAUUGGUCACGCGCCAAACAAUCUCUGUGAUAUCGUCGACGCAACGAGGGUUGCUUGCUAACUUUUAUAUGUUACGGUACAAUGAACAAUUCGUUUUAUUACCUAGAAUUAAUGUUACUGUGUUUAGAAUAGGAAUGUUGAAUAAAUAGUUGUAAUUAAUCA